AUGUCGACCCCCAAUCUCACACAAGAACAAAUCCAAAAGAUCAGAGUAUCUUUUACUAAAUUUGACUCUGAUGGAAACGGAACUUUGGACAAGAAAGAGUUACGUUUGGUAUUGGAAGAUACUUUGAAUAGAAAGCUCACUGAUAACCUCUUUUCAAUGUACCUUGAAUUACAAUUCAAUGCAUCUGAUAAGGAUUUCAAUGGAGUAAUUGAUUUCAAUGAAUUUUGUUCAUUGUAUAGCAAGAUUUAUCUUAACCCAGAGUUACCCAUUUCAAUGCGUGCCAAGCCAGGAGCUGCACCAUACAAGCAUUUGGAAACUGGAGACAAUGCACCAAAAGUAAAGCAUGUCACUGUUGAACUCACUGAAGCCGAGAUUGAAGAGGCUCGUGUUGUAUUCCAAAAGUAUGACAAGGAUAACUCGGGAACUAUCGAUAGAUCCGAAUUAAAGGAAUUGGUCAAGGAAUCACUCACCAGAAAGAUGGGUGAUAUUUUAGUCAACCGUCUCGUCGAUUCAAACAUGCAACUUGCCGACAAGGAUGGUUCAGGUGCCAUCGAUUUCAAUGAAUUCAUUGCUAUCUAUGGUAAAUUGGUUAAUCCAGUUCAAUCUAGUCCAAUUCCAGGAGCUGUAGUUUUACCAGGUUUAGUACCACCAAAGAAAUAA